CCCUUUUUCAACACCACCCCACCUCCAAUAUGGCUCCCGCGUCUCUCCUGGACUUGGUGUCCGCACUACCCACCACCGAUGGCUGGGGCCCACCAGUUUCGAGCGAGACCAUGCUCGACGGCGUUCCUUACGCGCCAUACUCGAAGGCAGACAAACUCGGCCGCAUGGCCGACUGGACUGAGGGCAAAGACAGGGAACGAGGAGGACGGCAGCAAUACGGCAACCGGAACUACAGAGAUCAGCAAGUGUACGGCGCAAACCCUCAGAACAACCCUUUCGCAAUCGCAGCCGCCGAGGAAGAGGCUACUUUCUCCGUAGUAGACAACAGCAAGACUUCGGCUAGGGGCCGAGGCUUUGGAAGAGGAGGCGGAACCGUGUUCCGUGGUCGUGGCCAGCGAGGCGGACAGCAACAACGGGGUGGUAGAGGCACUUUCCAGCGCGUUGGUGGCGGGCGUGGAGGCCAAGGAUAUGACAAUCGUGGCGGACGUGGUGGUCGGGGAGGUCGUCGGUUUGGCUGGAGAGAUGAUAAGCCGCAGCGCAACCGGGACGCUUCGGUGGCUGUCAAGCCGGACUGGGCUGUCAUCGAAGAGAUCGAUUUUGCACGACUGACCAAACUCAACCUCGAUACCGGCGAAGCAGAAGACCUCGACAGCUACGGCUUCCUCUACCAUUACGACCGCGCCUACGACAAGCAACCAGGUGCGAAGACAUCCGAGAGGAAGCUCAAUGUUCUCGAACGAGCGGCAUACAAUGUUACCACAUCAAGCGAUCCUAUCAUCCAAGAACUGGCCGAAAAGGACGAAGGUACCAUUUUCGCGACAGACAACAUCCUGUCCAUGCUCAUGUGCGCCACGAAGUCUGUCUACUCGUGGGAUUUGGUCUUCACACGGAGGGGCAACAAAGUGUUCAUCGACAAGCGGGACAAUGCUAGCCUGGACAUGGUUACAGUCAAUGAGAAUGCCACCGAUGCUCCUCUAGAAAUAUCAGAGGGCAACAAAGACUCUAUCAACAGCCCUGGCGCGUUGAUGAUGGAGGCUACCCAUAUCAACAACGUAUUCCCCCUCCAGGUCGUCCUCGAAUCGGAGAGCUCCAAGCUCAGUAUGGCGCAUGACCAUCCUUUCUACAACGAAGAGGUUGAGUCGGAUCCACCUGCCUCAAAAGCCUACAGGUACCGGAGAUUUGAUCUAUCGCUCGAGAAGGACGAGGAACCACUCUAUCUGGUGAUACGGACGGAGCUUGAUGCGGUUGUGAAGAACAACAUCAACGGCGAAGAUCAAUUCAUGACCAUCAAGGCUCUGAACGAGUUCGACAACAAGGCUCAAGGCAGUGGAGGCGCUCUUGAUUGGCGUACCAAGUUGGCCAGUCAACGAGGUGCCGUUCUUGCUACCGAGAUGAAGAACAACAGCUGCAAGUUGGCACGAUGGGCCGUCCAGAGCAUCCUCGCCAAAGCAGAUACUAUGAAGCUUGGUUUUGUUUCCCGAACAAAUCCCAAGAACAACAAUGACCAUGUCGUUCUCGGAGUACUCACAAGCAAGCCCCGGGACUUCAUUAACCAGAUGGCGUUGAAUCUCAACAACGGAUGGGGUAUUGUUCGCACUAUUGCCGACAUGUGCCUGAAGAUGGAGGAAGGUAAGUAUGUGUUAGUCAAGGACCCUAAUAAGUCGGUGUUGCGACUGUACUCUGUACCGGAGAACACGUUCGAAGAGGAUUUGGAGGAGCGAGAGACCAUUCAGGAGGAUGAAGGCGAAGAAUAGUGCUCUAUGUUAUAAGAUAUGUCGUGGAUGACCUUCUUAAACCUAAAGCUUGUGUGGGAUCAUAAAAGAUGAAACACUCCAUAAUUCUAUUGGGAUUGCACGCAGUAGAUACUGCAAUUUAGAAGCAGUCAUGUAGCCCAAAACUCAGUACUCAUAUUUCACAGUGUGACUACAGAGAUCCGAUCAGCUGGCCCAGCGAGAAAGUCAAGCCAGCCUGAAGCUCGGCAAUGAAGAGGGGAGGUAUUUCUAUAAUAACAUACGAACCCAGAAUUGUAGUAGGAUUCGAAAUAUAUUCAUGUAUGUACUAAAGUGCCUUCCAGGUUUGUACAGAGUAUGGCACGCUAGGCACGAAAAAAGUGGCACACUCACCAAGU